CAACCUGCAGAGGUGAGGUAAAUUUGGGGGCUGUGAUUCUAAAGAUAGGGCAAUUAUUUUCCUGCUUUUGACACAGGGAAAUGCUCCCUUCCUCACCAGAUCUUAUUUUGUUCAGACUCCACUGAGAAAAUCACACUAUUUAGUGCUAGGAUGGGGACAUUGUUGGGCCGGGAGGAGGCACGGAAGGCUGAGGCCCAGGGCUCAGCCUCAGCAGCAGGGAGUGAGGUGCAUGCACGCCCUCUCUCCCACUUUUUCCCCCCUGUUCAAAUGGCCCCUAGUCCUCUCUAGAAGCGAGCCCAACCGUAGCUAGGUUUGGAAUAUUUAUCCUUCUUCAUGAUCAGGGGGUUUAAAUUUGUUUUCUUAAAUGCUUAUCAAAAACUCCCAUAGAGUCAGGUUAGGAAGUGAUUGGAGGGACAUCCAGGGAUGGCCAUUUUGCCAUUAAGGUACAGCCUAGAAGUUGCCCUGAGUUCAGAGAGCCUUGGAGACCACGUUGCAACCAAAUAAGUUCCCACCCUUGGUUAUCUAAGCUCAGUCCUCUACCACCUUCCCUAGUGUCUUGUUCCAUCUUCAGUGUGGAGAACUUGGCCAGAAAAAGGAGCUCAAAGGAAGGACAAGGCAGAGGAUGGUCAGCCUGGCCUGACAUCUGACUUUGUUCCAUGCCCUGGCCCCUCUUGUCCCCAGGUGUGAAGGUUGUCACCCUUCACUAUGUGGCUUGUGUAUGCAUAUUAGAAUGUUGGAAAUGCUCUGUGGCCCUGUCUCCCAGCCUGGGCUCAAUGCUCAUUUUCCUUGGAUGAAAGAGCCAGAGAUAUACAUUCUCUCACACACCCAAAUUUGUAAGGCAGCAAAGCUGAUGAUAUGAACAUGGGGUGUGGGAGGGAAUUGUAGCGAUGCUGAGACACAGACAGAAGGGAGAGGGAAUGCUGGCUGAUGGCUGGAAGCUGCCUGCUGAGUCCCCAAGAGAACGCAAAUGCCCUUCUCUCCCUAUCAAACUAAAGCAAAAACCAAGUCUUGGGAAAAAAUUAAUUUCAAAAAGAACUGGCAGCUCCUACAGAGACUUGGAAGAAGAGUGAGGGUUCCUUUCUUCCCAGUGGUCUCUGACUGCCUCAACUAUCAGGAGGGUUUGAAGCCCACAACUGGAAGAAGAAUGAUUUCUUCCUUGUGCCCAGAUUUAUAGGGACAUACUUGAUUCCUGAAAAUCCUAUAGCCCAGGCUAUUCUUAAGUCUUUUGGGAUUGCAGAGGGUACCGGUGUGAGGGUUGCAGGCAGGGUAGAGAUCAGACAAAUAAAGCCGCCUAGGCUGAGGGAUACCCCUCACUCCUUCACUCCAUAUCGCCAAGUGAGGAGAGGGUUAGUCGCUUUCCCCAGUGCCCCUUCCCCUGCCAAGAGUGAGAAGCUGCAUACAAGAACCAGGCAGAAUGUUUUGGGUAGCCGCCCCCAUCGCCACCUUCCAAGAAGCUCCUAGUCUAGCCACAGAGCCAGAAGGGGAAGCUUGGGCUCAGUCCCUCCUGCCAGCUCCUCCUCUUCUGGGUCUUUUAGGCAGUGGGAUCUGGCCUGCCCCCUCAGAACAGAAGGGUUGUGGAGAAGCAGGAACAAUAACCCGAGGCUUGGAGGAGAGAGAUCAGAUCUGAUAAACAGGAAGAACGAUGUUCAAAACCUGGGGAGGAGGGUGUUUCUUCUUUGCUUGUCUUAGCGGAGAACUCUUCUCACCUUCUACCGACACAAAACCCUAGAAACAAAUCUUCUUCUUUAGUUCUGUCUCAAGGAGAUUCCGAGACAUGUACCCACCCCUCCCUGGAGAGAAGGGGCCCAAGCAACGCAGGGGUUAACUUUUCUGAAAACACAAUUAACUUUUUCCAAUCCUGCGUGGGGUGGGGGAGAGAUAUAUUUAUUUAAUCACCCAGGAGUGGGGUGGUCUCAAUCUAAACGCUCCCUCCUCCCUCAAAGGCACAGAGCCUGUUUCACAGAUCCUACGUAGGUGGAACAGGACGCGCUGUGUUGUUGGGGAGAGAGAGAGAGAAAGGCGAAGGAGAAGGAGGAAAAAAAAGGUUGAUAGGUUUGUGCGCGGGUCCCUCGUGCGGGCUGCGCUCCUCCUGGGUGCUAUUUGACAAUUCCUGCCUCUGCCAUUGGUCAGUGUUGGAUCAGAUGGUUGUAUUUCCUUCUGGCCCUCACUGGCACCUCGCCAUCCCCCCUCAGCUAAAACCCAAUCUCGGAUAUACUACUAAUAGGCGCGGCGCUCGGACUAUAAAACACAACAAAUCAUAAACCCGGCGAAGCAGCAGCGGCCGCGCGCGCCUCCCCUCCCAAUGAGUUCCUAUUUCGUGAACUCCACCUUCCCCGUCACUCUGGCCAGCGGGCAGGAGUCCUUCCUGGGCCAGCUACCGCUCUACUCGUCGGGCUAUGCGGACCCGCUGAGGCAUUACCCCGCGCCCUAUGGGCCAGGGCCGGGCCAGGACAAGGGCUUUGCCACUUCCUCCUAUUACCCGCCGGCGGGCGGUGGCUACGGCCGAGCGGCGCCCUGCGACUACGGGCCGGCGCCGGCCUUCUACCGCGAGAAGGAGUCGGCCUGCGCACUCUCGGGCGCCGAAGAGCCGCCCCCGUUCCACCCCGAGCCGCGGAAGUCGGACUGCGCGCAGGACAAGAGCGUGUUCGGCGAGACAGAAGAGCAGAAGUGCUCCACUCCGGUCUAUCCGUGGAUGCAGCGGAUGAAUUCGUGCAACAGUUCCUCCUUUGGGCCCAGUGGCCGGCGAGGCCGCCAGACAUACACGCGUUACCAGACGCUGGAGCUGGAGAAGGAGUUUCACUACAAUCGCUACCUGACGCGGCGGCGGCGCAUCGAGAUCGCGCACGCCCUGUGCCUGACUGAGCGGCAGAUCAAGAUAUGGUUCCAGAACCGACGCAUGAAGUGGAAAAAGGAGAGCAAACUGCUCAGCGCGUCUCAGCUCAGUGCCGAGGAGGAGGAAGAAAAACCGGCCGAGUGAAGGUGCUGGAAAGGGAGGGAGGACGCGAGGGGAAAGGCCUGUGGGGAGCCGAGGGGGUCGGAGAGACCCGGGAAGGAAGGCUCUCGGGUGGGGGAGCCAGGAGACCUGCUCUCCAGCGCACGACAGGCGAGGCCCAGCUCUCUCCUGGACGCCCCCGCCCGCACAGCUCCCGGUGGGUGCUCUGAGGCCUCACUACUCGAGCCCACCCAGCACCCCGCGCGCCCUUCCUUCCCGAGGAACUCGCCUCAGCCUGAUCAGGCUUCCUGGUGAGAACUGAGGAUCGGACUCACUUGAUGUUUCCUGGAAGCAGAGCAAAAUGCUCUUGUCCCUGUCGCGUCUCAUUUCGUCCAUGUCCCCCAUGCACGGUUCAAUGGUAGAUUCGCUGUCCCCUCAGCGGAGGCCUUGAAGACUCCCUGAUCCCAGACCUGUCGUCUCUCCCACCCCCUCCCCAAAGCCACUGGAAGGAGCACAUACUACCUAGAAGUAAGAAGAGGAGCCUCAGAAGAAAACAAAGUUCUAUUUUAUUAAUUUUCUAUGUGUUGUGUUUGUAGUCUUGUCUUAGCUCGGGACGUGAAAUACUUCGAUGAUGAUGAUAAUAAUAAUAAUAACAAUAAUAAAGAUGUGAAAACUCGACGCUGGGUCACCUC